UUUGAAACACGAUCCGUCCGAACCACUGAUUCGAAUCAAAAGAUUCAUAAAUGUUUCGAUGCUUCGUGAAGCAGUGUUUCGAAAUCGCCAAUCACUAAAUGAAAGACAUGUUUUCUGUUAGGAGAUUUAUCUGCCAGUUUAAAUAAAAUGUCUGUGGUGGUUCAAAAUGGUAAACCCAGCCCCAGACGUCCUGGAGUGGGACUUGGAGUUCUUGUGACAGAUUCUUUCAACCCAGGAUGUGUCUUGUUAGGAAAAAGGAAAAGCACAGUUGGUAAAGGUAAAUACCAGUUACCAGGAGGUCACAUUGAAUUUGGAGAAACUUGGGUGGACUGCGCGCAGAGAGAGGUGAUGGAGGAAGCUGGUGUCCAUUUGAAAAACAUCUGCUUUGCAUAUGUUGUCAACUCCAUCAGACUGGAAGAAAACUACCAUUAUAUCACAAUCUUCAUGCAGGGAGAACUGGACAGGUCUUUAUCGGCUGAACCAGUCAAUUUGGAGCCAGAGAAAAAUGAAGGUUGGGCAUGGAGACGAUGGGAGGAGUUUCCACCUGAAGAGCAACUUUUCUUACCAUUGGCUAAUCUGAGACAGCAGGGAUUUCAGCCAUUCGGAACAAGUUAAAGGGAUUUUCUGUAAUUAGAAAAUUAACCUUGAUACAGUUUUAACACCUUAUUCCAGAUCAGGUAAACCAUGUCCCUUCAGGCCUAGAGAGAAACUGCAUUUCUAGCUCAUUUUGAAGAGAAUUUAAGGGUAUACCAACAGUCAGAAGAAAAUGUGUGCUGACCUCGUGAACAAAUAGGGAUUUAUAUUCAGAUUGAUUGUUUAACGUUAUUGCAGUUACUCAGCAUAUACAUGAAUGAAUAUUGUAAUUACAGCUCCUCAUUGUUAAUGGUUUACCAUCCACAUGCAUACUAUAGUAAAGUUAUAUUUUAGUUAUUCAUAGGGUACAGUUUAUCAUUUAUUUUUUGCAAACUGGUAAACUGACUGUGGAUUUGAAGACUUUUACACAUAAUUUGUCAAACAGCCUUGAACAUAAUUUUCUUAUCAUUCCUACAAGAUUUUUUGUAAUUCACAAGAAUAUUAUAUAUUAUAUUAUAUCAUAUUAUAUUAGCCCCUUAGCAUUCCAGAAAAGGGCUCAAAAAAUGCCUAAAAAGGAGACAAAUUGUACCUGCUGUGUUGAUUGUAUCUUAAAACGGUCUACAUCAUUUAAAUCACAAAAAUCCAAAGAUAUGUUUAGCUUUUUGUUUUUGAGUUGUUGUAUUUGAUGAAGUUUUGUGUCAAAUUAUGCAGUGUCCUUCUCUCUUAGAUGAAUAUAAACUGGGGUGCCAUGCACAGCUACCCUUCAUACUGUAGGCUAAUUAUAAUUAUUAACAUCAAUUAAACAUCAAAAUUUGUUAUACGCCAUAUUCUUAUAGAGUACACAGACAAAAAGAGAAGUGUUUAUGAAUGAUUUUAUUGCUAUUUUACACAUUAAUGGAAAAACUCAUCCACUCAACAGUCACAUCUGUAAAUAGCUGUAAUGAUCAACACUGACAGUGAAUAAAAAAAACUGAUGCA